AUAGUUUAGUAAUAGCUAAGUUCAUUUAUUUUUACAAAAAAGUACUACGAAAUCAAAAGGGAUCAGAAUUCAGGAAUAAGAAAUCCGAAUUCAGAAUGGGUCAAGCUGAAAGCGCAGAAGCUGCGGCGGAGACCCAAACCACCAUCACCACGCCCACAACCAACAAUUCCUCUAAUCCCAUUUCCUUGGAAUCCGCGCUCGCAGAAGCUGCAGAAUAUGGAAACCAAAACACUGAGUCUGUUGAGGCAAUGUCUCAGAAAGCCCUUGAGUGCCCUUGCAUUGCUGAUUUGCGAACCGGUCCCUGUGGGUCUCAGUUCUCAGAGGCAUUCCUGUGCUUUCUCAAGAGUACUGCUGAAGAAAAGGGUUCAGACUGUGUACAUCCAUUUGUUGCUCUGCAGAGCUGCAUCAAGGCCAACCCAGAUGCAUUCUCUAAGGACAUUCUUGGUGAAGAUGAAAGCAAGGAGUUGGAGCCAAUCCAAGAAUACAAAAUAAUUCCUCCCAAAUGGUCUAAGGAAUCUCAAAGUCCAAAAUCGAAGCUAUAAAGGAAGAGUUGGACUCUCAUUUGGGCAACUACUUGGAUAGCAGUGGUUAAAUUCAUUUUGUAUUUGUGUUAGCUUUGCCUGAUUAGAAAAGUGACAGGAUGUAUAACCUCUUCAAAAUUCCUUCAGUAAGGAUGUUUCCUAUGAUGUGUCCCUGGUUAAUUUUUCUCACAGGUGUCAAAGAACAUAAAUGAUACAGGAUUUCCU